AUCAUAUCAAUCGCAGGUCCCAAAAUGCAACUUGUUCUUGUCUCCACAACACCUCUCUCUGCCCCAAGACGAGCUGACCAACAACACGUUGGAAGUGAUCGAUACCAAAAAGCACCGCCUUUUUUGUUCUCUGUGUCUCUCUAUAAAUCGUCAAGGCUGACAGCCUAGCUCCGCCUCGUUAACCCGUCGGCUCGAGUGGAGUCCCCACUGGAACGGCCCUGCCAACAACCUCCCCACCUUGACGAUCCCCAAUCCUCCCAAGUCCUUCGCACCGCGACGACCUUAUAGCCUCUCGCCGUCGCGCGCCUAGUCUGAGCUCGCCGGGCUCGUCAAGGUGGUACCUUUCGGCUCCAUCGCUCCUUCUGCAGGCGUCUUCGUCUUUCAUCUCGGCGUUCCAAGGCACCUGUCUGCCGCAAGGCUGGAUUUUGGAGCUCACCUAAUCUUUUUCCUUCGAAAUUGUGCAUUACAUGUUCUUUCUCCGCCGGUCUUCAUCGGAUUUGCCGCUGUCUAUUUGAAGAACCUUCCACCUAUAGGUUUAUGAUCUCGGUGUCCAUCUUAGACCAGCAUGCAUCACCAGUUACAGAAAAGAAUCCUUUUUUGGGGGGUUGUUGGGCAGCUGAGAUUUUAGAUGAACUGAGGAGGACACUCUGUUCGUGUAGAUUUGUUUCAUACACUCGUUUGUGCUAUCUCCUUUUAGCUGAGAUCGGAGAUUGAGAUCCGCGGGGGGGCACAGUUAAGAGAACAAGGACAUUGGGCCGUAGCGCUGAAAUUGGUGGUGUUUCAUGGCGUCCGGCCCUGUACAUGAGGAGACGAACAAGGGAAGCAUGUGGGAAUUGGACCAGAAUCUUGACCAACCCAUGGAUGAAGAGGCUGGAAGACUGAGAAAUAUGUACAGAGAAAAGAAAUUCUCAUCCAUUUUGGUCAUGCGGCUAGCAUUUCAGAGUCUCGGGGUUGUCUUUGGAGACUUGGGAACAUCACCAUUGUAUGUGUUCUAUAACACAUUUCCUCAUGGUGUUGAAGAUGCAGAAGAUAUAAUCGGAGCUCUUUCUUUGAUCAUAUACUCACUCACACUGAUACCGCUUCUUAAAUAUGUGUUUGUUGUGCUGAGGGCAAAUGAUAAUGGCCAGGGUGGUACGUUUGCCCUCUAUUCCCUGCUUUGUCGCCAUGCGAAAGUAAACACUAUUCCCAACCAACAUAGAACUGAUGAACAACUGACAACAUAUAGUCGUCAAACAUAUGAUGAGAAUUCGCUAUCAGGAAAAGUCAAGAGAUGGUUAGAGUCACAUGCGUAUAAAAAGAAUGCACUUCUUAUUCUUGUCCUGGUUGGAACUUGUAUGGCGAUCGGUGAUGGGAUCCUCACUCCUGUCAUCUCUGUUCUUUCGGCCUCAGGUGGCAUAAAGGUUGACCAUCCAAAAAUGAGUAAUGAUGUUGUUGUGCUUGUUGCUGUGGUCAUAUUGGUUGGUUUGUUUAGCAUGCAACACUAUGGUACCGAUAAAGUUGGAUGGCUUUUUGCUCCCAUUGUGCUACUCUGGUUUCUGUUGAUUGGAGUUAUUGGCGCUCUGAACAUAUGGAAAUAUGAUAGCUCGGUCCUCAAGGCUUUCAGUCCAGUUUACAUAUACCGAUAUAUUAGGCGAGGGAAGCGUGAUAGUUGGGUCUCACUUGGAGGAAUUUUGCUCAGUAUAACAGGGACAGAGGCAUUAUUUGCUGACCUUUGUCAUUUUCCUGUCCUUGCUGUUCAGAUUGCUUUUACUACGAUCGUGUUCCCUUGUCUUCUUUUGGCAUACACUGGGCAAGCUGCAUAUAUCGUUUGUAAUACAGGGCAUGUGUCUGAUGCUUUCUACCGGUCCAUUCCAGAUGGCAUAUACUGGCCCAUGUUUAUCAUUGCAACAGCAGCGGCAAUUGUUGCUAGUCAAGCCACCAUAUCUGCAACAUUUUCAAUAAUCAAGCAAGCUCUUGCUCUUGGUUGUUUUCCCAGGGUCAAGGUUGUGCACACAUCAAGGAAGUUUCUCGGUCAGAUAUAUAUUCCAGAUAUCAAUUGGGUCCUUAUGAUUCUCUGUAUAGCAGUUACUGCUGGAUUCAAAAAUCAAAGUCAGAUUGGAAAUGCAUAUGGAACUGCUGUCGUGAUUGUUAUGGUGGUGACGACAUUUCUUAUGAUCCCAAUUAUGCUUUUGGUCUGGCGAAGCCAUUGGAUUCUCAUCACCAUCUUUACGGCUCUAUCCUUGUUGGUGGAGGUUCCAUACUUGUCUGCUGUGUUGUUUAAGAUAGGCCAAGGUGGUUGGGUACCUCUUGUGAUUGCUGCAGCAUUUCUCAUCAUAAUGUAUGUCUGGCACUACGGCACAGUCAAGCGAUAUGAGUUUGAGAUGCACAGUAAAGUGUCCAUGGCCUGGAUUUUAGGCCUUGGCCCCAGCCUAGGCUUAGUCCGGGUUCCCGGAAUAGGUUUUGUGUACACCGAGCUGGCAAGUGGGGUCCCGCAUAUCUUUUCCCAUUUCAUCACCAACCUUCCUGCCAUCCACUCGGUUGUUGUCUUUGUCUGUGUCAAGUACCUCCCAGUCUACACCGUGCCAAUCGAAGAACGGUUCCUUGUGAAAAGGAUAGGGCCAAAGAAUUUCCACAUGUUCCGCUGUGUUGCAAGAUACGGAUACAAAGAUCUUCACAAGAAAGAUGAUGACUUUGAAAAGAUGCUCUUUGAUAGCCUCUCCCUCUUCGUUCGACUAGAAAGUAUGAUGGAAGGCUAUUCAGAUUCAGAUGAGUACAGCUUAUUUGGACAGCAUAUGGAGAAGUCGAUCGACUUAACAUCCACUGAGAAUGGAAAUGAAAACACAUUUUACUCCAAUGUGGAUCUCAGCUAUGCAUCUUCUUAUGAUCUUAUCCAACCUGCGCAAUCUCAAGGAAGCAGUCUGAUGAGGUCGUCGGGCCAGACAAGUCAGACUACUGGCGAUGAGUUAGUGUUCUUGAACAGGUGCAAGGAAGCUGGGGUGGUUCACAUUCUUGGAAAUACAAUUGUGAGAGCCCGUAGGGAAUCUGGGUUUGCAAAGAAGAUUGCUGUUGAUUACAUAUAUGCUUUUCUUCGGAGGAUCUGCAGGGAGAACAGUGUGAUCUUCAAUGUUCCUCAUGAAAGCCUACUAAAUGUGGGACAGAUAUUUUAUAUAUAGUUGGCUUGCCUAAAUUUAGGGACUUGGCACUGCAACUCGCUUGUCGCGUGACGCCAGCGAAGGUAGUAAAAAUAUAUUGAUCAUGGUGAACUUACCAUUUUUCUCAUUGCUUUUUCUUGUAGCUCACAAGCCUUACCUAUGAUUGUAAUCCACGCAGAGCUCCAUCCUGCACUGGAAAGCUGGAGUAAGAGCAGCUCAUGAGCCUUGCUUUUUUACAUUUCUUUUUCUUUAUUGGUAAGAUAUCAGUAUGUGGAUGGCUGUAUUGGCUGUAUAAAGCAGUGAAAUUUGUAAAUCGAGCUUAUGAUUUCAGGUUUCCAGGAAUCUGUGAAUCACUUGAACAAUAAAAGUGUUCCCAAAUCAUGACUUGUACAGAAAAAAAUAUUACCACAAACUU